AAGUUUAAUUAAAAAAAACAAAGUGAUAAAGGAGUGCAAUUAAAAGAAUCAAAAUUUUAGAUACUUUCAAAAUAAUUAAAGAAAACUCAAGAGCCUAGAAUAAAUUAUUUAAUGAAGAAUAGAAAUGCUGUGUCUUUGAAUUAAAUUUUGGCGAGCUAAAGAAACAAUAAAUAUAUUAGCGAAGGUUAAUUAGAUCCCAUACUAGCUUACCAUUUAAAAGUUAGAACUGAAAAAAGAAGAAGUGAAUAAAUGGAUAACAUAAAAUAAAAAGAAAACAACCAUUUUAUAUAGAUUGUGUAAUUAUCUGAGAAUACAGCCAUAUAAGAAAAUAUUAAUAGCUUAAAUUCUUAAUAAAAUCUUUUAUAGAGUGCUGAAAGAAAUCAAGAAAUAACGAACCAAAAUAACUCAAAUCAAAAAUAUUUAAUCAAUAGCCCUAAAACUAACAUCCCUAACUCUAACUCUACGUUGAUAAAAGAAUACUCAACAUAAAACAAUAUAAAUGAGCGUUCUGCCUCAAGCUAAUUUUUAUCUAAAAGAAAUAUCAGUCCAUUAGAAAAAGUAAAACUAAAAGGUCUUAAAUCUAUAGAAUCAAGUCCUUCAAAGCCUACAUCAAAUAAUUCACUUAAGUCACCAUCUAUAAUCAAAAUCUUACCAUAAUUAACUACUAGAAGGACUUCCUUAAUUUAAAAUGUGGGAUAAAGCUUAAAUGAUUUAAAAACUGAAUACAAAGAAAUAAUGUCUGCAAAGACUGAGAGAUAAAAUAUUUUUUUGAAACAGCAGGAAGAGAAAUAAAAAUAAAUGCAUUUUGAUCUCAAAAAUUCAAUUAAUAGAUUAAACAAUUAAUCUAUUGUAAAAGAUGCUGCUAACCUCUACGGAUAGGUCGAUUGCUUCUUGGCAGGAAGCAUUAAUUACUCAAAUUAUUUGCAAAAUCAAGACAAUGUAUUUUCCCUCAACUAGAAAUUAAUGGAAGAAGGAAUUAUAGCAAACACUUCUUAAGUUUCCUUCAUUAAAAAGCGUAAAAAAAAGCAAGAAGAAACUUAAUCAGAUACAUAAGCUGAAGAACUGUAUGAAGGUAAAUUAAGAAAAUAGCAUAAAACUUAGAUAAAAAGUAAAAAUGAUUUAGAUGAUAUUCUUGGCACUAAAAAGAAAUAAGAAAGAGAGGAAAUAUUAGCAAAAGUAGCUAAAUUUUUAAUGUAAAAAAAGUAAACAAAGAAUAAUGGUUAGAAUAAUUAUAAUAAAUGGUAUAUUAAUCCAGAGUACAGAAACGUUUAAAGAGUUGAUAGAUAGGAAAAACUUUAUCCUUAUGCCUUUGAUUAAAAUUAUUUGUAUAAUAAUAUUGAAAAUUACGAAGAACUUUAUAGAGACAAUCCAUUUGAUAAAAAGCUAGCAUAAUAAAGAUAACAAAUUAAAGAUUCACAAAAACUAAAAAUUGAAAAUUUAAGAAGUAUGUUAGUUAAUUCUGAUGUCAUUAAAAGCUAUACAAAAUAACUAGUUUAAAAUGGAGAAAGAAUUCCACUGUUUAUGAAAGAAGUUUUUGAUUAAGAUGCAGGUAAGGUGAAAGCAAGAUCAUCUUUGCUCAAUAGGUAUUACAAUUAAAGUACAGAAUCUGAUAAAGUUUGA